GUUACAAAAAUCGAAUAAAAAACAAACUCAGCAAAAAAAAUCAAAAUCUAAAGAUAAUUUAAUACAAAAUGCAGAAUUUCAAGAAAGAUUGACAAAAAAACUAAAAAUUUAUGUUGAUUUAAUCCAAGAUGACAAAGAAAAGCA